ACACACACACACACACAGAGUUGAGCACACACUCUCAGACAUACUGCAAACUCUCCACAGGAAACUCUGAGCCAUAAUGCGAAGGCACCUCAGAGCAGACGGGUGCAUUGCUCAAACCAAGUGGGAUACGGUGCGGCUUUGAUAGUGCGUUAAUUACUCAUGUGAUGUGAUACAGAUGUCUGGGGGCUUCAGCUGAAAGUUUGCCUGACGGUUUUCCAAGGGGGCCAGGCAGACAUUUUAGAAGCGUGAUAUAUUGGGACAGUCUUUCAAUCAGCGAAAUCAAAGCGCUCAAUACGUUCCAUAAUGGGUUCCCCAGCUGGGCAUAUGUUGGUGCUAAUGGCCUGUAUGGCAGCCAGAGGAAUGUGCCAGAUAAACAGAGCUGAAGCCGAGGAGGACUCUCUCCCUGGCUUUCUCGUCCACUCCACGCUCCAGUCUCCAGAUUUCUACAGCACCGUCAGUCCAACUCUGGGGCCCGGCCUGCAUCUGGGGGCCCCUGGAGCUGAUGUACAAGCUGUGCAGUCUGGUUUUGCCAAUGAAACCGUCAGAAAAAAGCCGGUUCCACCUCCAAUGUGUCUUGUAAAUACGUCCAUAAACAGCUAUUUUAAGUACAUCAACACUAUAAUCUCCAUUAUGGUCUUUGUGGUCGGCAUGGUCGGCAACGCCACCCUGCUGAGGAUUAUAUACCAGCACAAGUGCAUGAGGAACGGGCCCAACGCCCUCAUUGCCAGCCUGGCCCUGGGCGACCUCAUGUACAUUUUCAUUGAUAUCCCCAUCAAUGUUUACAAGCUCCUGGCGUCUCGCUGGCCGUUUGAUGACAGCACUCUGGGCCUGUGUCUGUGUAAACUGGUGCCCUUCCUGCAGAAAGCCUCUGUGGGCAUCACCGUCCUCAACCUGUGCGCCCUCAGUGUGGACAGGUACAGAGCUGUAGCCUCGUGGAGCAGAGUGCAGGGCGUCGGCAUCCCUCUCUUCACAGUCAUUGAGAUUGUGUCUGUUUGGGUGCUGUCACUCAUCCUGGCAAUCCCGGAGGCCGUUGGUUUCGACAUGGUCACCUUCAACUACACCAACAACACUCUGCGCACUUGCAUGCUCAACCCCAAGACCAACUUCAUGACGUUCUACAGAGAUACAAAGGACUGGUGGCUGUUUGGCUUCUAUUUCUGUGUACCACUGAUAUGCAGCGCUAUCUUCUACACUUUGAUGACCGCCGAGAUGCUCAACCACAGGAAUGGAAGCCUCCGGAUCGCUCUCAGCGAGCACCUCAAACAGAGGAGGGAGGUGGCCAAAGCUGUCUUCUGCCUCGUCCUCAUCUUUGCCCUCUGCUGGUUCCCGCUGCACCUCAGCAGGAUUCUUAAAAGGAUGAUUUACUCUCAGAAUGAUCGGAAGCGCUGUGAGCUGCUGAACUUCCUAUUGGUCAUGGAUUACCUCGGCAUCAACCUUGCAACAAUCAACUCCUGCAUAAAUCCCAUUAUCCUCUACUUUGUCAGCAAGAAGUUCAAAAACUGCUUCAAGUCAUGUUUGUGCUGCUGGUGUUACUCCGACAACCAGCUGAGCAGCAUCGGACCCAUGAACGGAACGAGUGUCCAGUGUAAAAGCCCUGAGCCCAACAACAUCCACACCGACCGCAGCAUCCGGAAAGACAGCAACUGACCUCCCACCUGAGGAGCAUUUGGGAGCUUUCUGGCCUCCCCAGCAAGUGUUUAAAAUGCAACCAAUACUUAAAUAGAUACAUCAAAAACGCACUUUGUUAUUCAGACAGCAAAUAGUCUAAAUUAGGACCACUGAGGAACUGGAAAUAAGAGGAACAAACAAUGGAUUUGGUGUACAAUGCUGUGAAGUUUCCUGAGCCUCCCAGCAGGCUAAACUUCCGAAGACAAACUCCCUGUGUUCCCACACCCACGGACAGUGACGCUAUAGCUGUAGAGCAGGAGGAGGAGGAGGAGGAGGACUCUUUAAAGGGAUGCAGCUGAACGUGGACUAUAAAUUACUCUCUAUCAGGAGUCAAGCAUGCUAUUCCUGUAAAGGGCAGCACUACUGGGAAGGAUGCUACAGGAAGGAAAAAGCUGACUGCUCGCUGUCAGAGCGGAUGAUGAGAGAUGAGAAUGUGUUCCCCAGGAGUUCGCCACUCACGGCGAUGAAAAACAGGAAAGAGCAUUACUGACUCGAGCCGCAAUUAAUUUUCCAUUAAACGUGUGAGUGCUCACACAGUGUACUUUACUCAUCCUCAUAAUUCAUUAAGCUGCUUUGUGGUAUAAUUAGAAGAUGCUUAAUGUUCGACUGCUUCACAGAAGAAACAUGUCAGGACAUGAAAAAGCAUCUGGCACAACAUCAAGUGCAGGGUUGCAGGUUUCAGAGCAGAUAGAUGAGGUACAACUCCAUAUUUUCAAGGCACACGUCAAUCAUAUUGUUUAAUAUGAAAUAGGGAAAUAGGUUAAGAAGAGUCACCACUGACCAAAUAUAGACAAGAUUGUUUCUUUUUUCUUCAACACUGUGAAUUUGCCAUUUUAUAAAACACUUAUAGCAGCAUUUAUGCCUGAGUAAUCCCUAGAAUUUAAUUAUAUGUAUAGUGUCCACUUUCAUAAAGUGUUGUAUUGCAGUAAUGAUAAGUAUUUUACUCAGACUACAUUAUGUUUGUAAUGACAUAGGCAGAGAAUGGUAGAUACUCCAAGCUUGUAGUCUGACUUUUUAAGAAAUAUGCUUUUCUUUUUGUUGCUUUGAUGAGUAGAUAUCACUCUCAUGUUUGUGCGUUAAAUCCAGUGAGUGUUGCUUUGCAUAAAGACGGGAGACAAGGGAAAAAACAUGGCCUGGCUCUGUCUAAAAGCAACAAGAUCCACCUCCUAAUUAACACAUUUUAUCUUGCUCAUUUAAUUCAUGCAACAGCAAAAAGUGUAGCCUGACCAGGAGGACAGGCCUGUCUUUAUCACUGGGGAUGAUAUUUAACUGGCUGUUGGCGCCUCCAAACAUCCAAAACACAAGCUGGCUACUUGUCUUAUCUUCUACUUUUCAAUUUGUUAAGCUUUAAGUAUGAGAGAUGGAGGUCUUGAAAUUGUUUGAAGCCACUUUUGAUGAAGCUAAAGUAAAUUAACAAGUAAUUAUUUACAUUUUUACAAGAGUUGUGGACUUUUUCUUGGCUGGGUGCUAUUACUUCCUGGAUAAGCUAAACUAAUCUGUGCUUACCGGCUGCUGUCGGCUGUAACCUUAUAUUUAAUGUACAGACAUGAGAUCUGGAUAAAUCCUCUCAAAUGACCCUCAGCAAGAAAGUGAACGAGGCUGUUUUCCAAAAUGUUCAUCUAUUGUUUUUAUAUGGAAAGCAUAUUCAGCUACCAAACAAAUGAAGGGUUUGGAAGCAGAAUGGUCUAACCCACGUUUUGUAGUUUUUGAGAAAAAUGGGUUCAAAGUUUUGUGUUUUCUAGAAUGGUCUCACAUUCGAAGCACCACUGUUGCGCUAUAUUUGGGUAGUGGAUUAGACAACUUUGCCACUAAAAUCUAGAUCAUAAAAUAUUACAGAAAUGAUACAAAACUCUCAAUCCUGUUUGACCACUCUGCUUCUAACCCCCUCAAUUAUACUGCCUUAUACUAUUUGAUAUGUGAAUACAUGUAAACCUGUGUGAGUUUGAAUGUGCACUAGCAUGUGUGUGAGUGUAUGCUGUGUGUAUAAUUACUUGCACUACUUCAGUGGAGUGUUUUGCACACUUGUGUACGGCGGAGCAAGCGAUGUCUGUACAGGAACCUUUUACCACUAUUCGAUUCAUAGCAAUCUGCAGAAAAUGGACUUUCUCUCUAUGUUUAUUGUCAUUGAUUGAACAUGUUAACCUCACGUUAAUGCUGCUGCCUAUACCAAUAAAUCAGUUUCCAUCUCCA